UCCUGCUACUGCUACUACUACUACUCUUCGCGACUGAUAUUUUCCGCCGCAGCUCUCCAUCUCUCUCCAGACCACUCGCCCGCACCGCGCAAUGCCGCACAACCAGGACCCGCUAGUGUCGACGGGGCGCGGGGGCGCCGGCAACAUCGGCCGCGACCCCACCGUCUACACGGACGGCGAAAUCGUGCGCGAGGGCUUCGAGGGCGAGGCCCACGAGCCCGAAUACUCGACCGGCCGCGGCGGCGCCGGCAACAUCGGCUCGCCGCGCAUCAUGCCUGCGGCGGGGGAGCGCAGGCGCAGCCAGGACGUCGUGCCUGAGCAGGCGCUGCGGGGCGCGGGGGCGGGGUACGAUAAUUAUCAUACUGGUCGCGGUGGUGAGGGCAAUAUCCAUAAGGAUAAGUAUGCUGGGCAUAGCGGACCGCCGCACGAUAAGUCCAAGGAAUCGUUGGGCGAUAAGGUCAAGAAGAUCUUCCAUGCUGAUGGCAAGAAGAGCGGGGACGGGACGCCUGGGUCGACGGCUUGAGUGCCAAUAAGAGUGGAAGAGAGCUGUGUUGAUGGGUAAGGCAGUGUUGGAGCAUGGAGAGGUGAGAAGGCCCUGCUGGAUUUGCGCUUGUGAUGCUUGAGAAGAUACCAUGGGAUAGGCGGUGAUGCCACCGACCUUGGUGUUUCGCUUUGGGAUGGCUGUGGAAUAGAGAUGCGUUUUGCGACUGUGAGUUCCUUUUCCGUUGAACAUGUUCUACGUGAACAUGGCGUCUGCAAGAGAGUACGUGAGGCUCUGCUGCUCUAGCUUCUUUUCCAUCAAUAGCCAUAUUUCUUUCGAUGCUCAUUCUGGGCUUGCUUGGUGAGCGCAUAGCGGGGGUGGCUUGCCAGCGGGGAGAGGCGG